AUUAAAAUAGUAAAAAAAAGAAGAUUUAAACAAUAAUUGUGCGCCUUUUGAAAUUACGCCAGAACUCGUUCUACUGUAAAAUUUUGAUUCGUUUUUUAAACGUUAAUUUUUAAUUUCUAAUUUGUAAUUAAUAGCUGAUGAUUGCCGAAAGGCACGAAACUUUAAGACCUCGCAUAGGCAGCCUACUACAUGCAGCUAUGGAUCAUUACCAGCAUAAAUCUGGUGCUCAAAAAAGAAAAGAAAAGAUUGCUCGAGAAAAAUUAGCCAAGAAGGGUCAAAGUACGAUUGAGUCUUUUGGAUUUAUGAAUUGUAAUCGUAUUGAUGGUGUUUCUGAGGAUCAGAUGUGCAAGAUGAAGUCACAACUCUCAAAUGUUGAAGUAGAGCCAGUGCCAAUUGAGGAAGAUGAAUUGUUAAAUAGGAAAGUUAUGAGUGCUGAUGUGAAAGAGAAUGUAAUAGACGAAAAUAAAAAUAUUCUUCCAAAGACAUCAACUGCAAGGCUAGAAGAAUUACAAGACAAGGCAGAUGAUGUCCAACUAGUUCCAUCAAAUAACUAUGAUAUUGGUUUAAUUAAGGAAUUAUUUUGCACUGCUGAACAAAUAGAAAAAUUUGUUCAUCAUGGAACCAUUGCUCACCCAACAAAAUUUUAAAAGAUGCAUUGCCUAAAUCAUUUCCGCGCACGUUAUUUCACAUUGCCAUGCCAAAUGGCGAAAAAAUUCCACAAGAUUGGCUAACGUGGAGUGAGACGAAGAGUGCAUUUUACUGUUUUCCCUGCCGACUUUUCUCUAAAAUGCCAGAAACCCAUCGAUCGGCAUUAUCUCUGCCAACAGGAUAUUCCAAGCCCAAGGACAAUAAAUGGAAGAAACUUUAUGAAAAAAUUCCUCAUCAUCAAUCCAGCAGUGGGCAUAAAAUGUGUUAUGUAGAAUGGAGACGAUUAGAAGAAAAUCUCAGAGAUAAUACAACUAUCAAUUUUCUACUAAAUGAUAAUAUAAAGACAGAAGUGGAAAGAUGGAGGCAAAUACUUCGUAGAGUAUUAGAUGUUAUCUUGUUUUUUGAUGAAAGAGGUCUUGCAUUUAGAGGCGAUAGUCAUCUAAUUGGUGACCCCAAAAAUGGGAAUUUUUUGGGAAUUAUGGAACUC